AAAACCCUUCACUCUUAGCGUCUGCGAAGCGUCUUCGUUACGCACUACCACUCUUUCACCGUUCACCGUUCCACUCUCUUUUCCAGCGCAUAGCACGUCGUUGAGAUAAUGGCCCGAAACCAAUCUAUCUGGUGUCCGUCAGGCGGAGAAUGGUACGGUUGUUCGACGGGGACGUUGUUCGCCGGUUGCUGCGCAGUCAAUCCAUGUAGUGUUACAUGUCCGCAACAACAUCUCUAUCCUGUUUUCUUCGAUGCAGCAAUCUUUGGCACUUUUCCGGACUUGUCCUGCGGAUCGGGUUCCAGGUUCUAUACAUGCUCUGGUGGAGAAACCUUCUUUGGGUGCUGCAAAACCAGCCCCUGUAUUGCAGGUGUUUGCCCUGAUGGCGAUUUGACCCCUGCAUUCAUGGAACGUUCAGAUCAAAUUGAUCUCUUCGGAGAUCCAACCAUCAACAACAUAGGUGUUGCGCCAAUCAUCACCUCGUCGGUAGCGCUUGCCCGUGAACCCGCAAUGACAUCCAUGCCGGUAUAUGACGGUUUCGGAUCCGGCCCUUCGAAAUGGAUCAUAUUGCCUAGCGUCUCCAUAGCAGCCAUGGUGUCCUUGUGUGUUUUCAUUGCCCUUUGGCUUGGCUGGAGAAAGUUUUCUACUCGUGACGGGCAUAUCUAUGCAGCAGUAGAGCCUACACAACUAUCUAUGGAUGCUGUGGAUCCAGUGAAAACUGAUACCAACAUCGCAUCCAUCGACACGUCUGUUACUCCAAAGAAAGAUGAUCUCCAACGACUUAGCUCAGCGUCUCUCCUUGCUCUUCUUAUGAGCGCCCUGGCUGUCCUCGCAAUGUCCUCGUUCUUGUUAUUCUUGUGGUUUGGUGAUAGCAGAAACAAAACUUGGGGGCAUAUCAUGGUCCAAGGCUGGGCUACCCGGUGUGUAGCCGUGACAGCCCUCGUGCUAAGGACGUCUGUGGACAUGCAGGCUGCUGUCGCUUGUGCUAUCCUUGCUUCCCUACUGUUGGAAUCCAAAUCUGGAAUACAUGUGUUUCAGACAGCCAAAAUAUCAGCCAUGCGGACUGAGAGUACGAGUCCUUGGGCAUUCGCUCGCUGCGUGUUGGAAGAGUUUUGGAGAUCAACCGCACGAUCCCGAAGGAAUCAUCAUGUGUAUGCCAUGACAAUUUGUUUGCUUAUUACGACCAUUGUUGUUCAAUUCUCGUCAACUCUAUUGCUUUCAGAUCUCAAGCAAGGCUUGCUAAUCGGUGGUGUUACUCCUUCCGAGGUCCAGCCUGGUUUAUCUUAUCCCGUCGGAGGCGUAGAGAGGAUAGCUCGUGACUCAGCAUGGACUACCAAUCCACCCAACUAUGCAACGUUCGGGGAAUAUCACGAGCUGCCUAAAGAGACUACGGAUGGAGUUGUUGACACCGGAAUUUUGCUGCGAGCCCUUUUGCCGUAUGCAGCCACCGAGUUGCGCCAGACCCUGGCAACGUACACAGGAAACGCGUUGACAAUUGAUGCCAGAGUUACUUGCCAGGCACCUUCAAUCACCGGAUUUGAGGCUAAAGGAUUUAAUGGACAGAUCAAAGGCAUAGUAUCGCCUUCCAUGAACUCCACAGGACUGCUGUCCAUCAAACCGACGCCUUUCGACUGCACAGCGGCUGGGUCAGGUCAAAUCACAAUAUGUCAGCUAGGUCAAUCCGGUGAUGUCUUCAUGGGCUCUCUCAAAAGUCAAUUUGAAAACUCUACGGCAUUUGGAGCCGCAUUCCUUAUCAUUAAUGGCUCGAACAAUCACGGUGUAGGAAAUAUUUGGCGGACUUAUUCUUUUCCAAAGACGAACAGAACUGCAGAAGCCUCCAUCUCCCUUACGCUGUGUUUUGCACCAUGGGAUGCUGCGAUUCUUGAUGUUGAGAUUCACAGUAAAGUCAAUAGGACCGAACCGAUGCUCCGAUACUGGAAAGGGUUCAAGUCGUCAGAGGUGCUGGCCCACCUAAUACCUCUGACUAAGAAUAAAACGCGCCAAAUCAUGAAAUUGGAAAAGCCCCACAGCUUUUUAGGAGAUUUACCACCACCAUAUCGACGUCCGGUCGUACAAAGUGACAUGGGCGGCAGCUCGGCAGCAGCCAAGGGAACGAGUGUACCGCUACCGGGGAACUGGUCAGUCUUUCUCACGGGUAGGCCUCUAGUAACGCACCUUCGUUACUUUGAUCCGCCUCCUACACAAAUCAUUUCAGCAGAUCCUGCUCUCGCUGCCAUCUUUACGGGCGCAAUUGAAGCCGGCUUCUCAGUCGAAUGGGCGCUGUCGUCUCUCAUUACUGUCCUUUCCAUGACCAACUACUACAGUCAACAGGUUGCAUUUGACCGUGUCGAUACUGUCGCUGUUUCUUUCUUCGAAAAUGUUCUAUACCCCCGUAGUUAUGUCGGCCUCACCAUAAUUAUGUGGACCCUUUUUGCGCAUUUUGCUCUUCUAGCAUUGAUGGUCGUCUUAUUUAUCACCAAAACCAGGUUUACAAUCAUUGGAAAUGUCUGGUUGGCGUUUGUGCAAGUCGCUGAAUCGCAGGGUAUUAAGGAUUAUAUUGCUAGGGGAAGCCUAACAGGGGACUCUAUGCUGUUAAAUGAGCUGCAUAAGAGUGAGAAGAAGAACAUCCGAGCUAGGCUUACACGAAGUGGGCAUGGUGCUGAGAUUGUAGUAGAAUAGAUAACACCCACACGAAGAGGAUGUAAAUUAAGCAUAUCAGCAUAAACAAUAUAUGAUACAUUUUAACUUCAAGC